UUCUGGCCGGCCAAGUACUAAACCUGAGCUGAUCUAAAUGACUCAAUAGGGUGAAUAUUUAUAUAGGAAUUUGAAAUUUCAGUGAAGCAAUACAACUUAAAAUUUUCUUUUCAUUUUCAAUUCUAAUUAUCUUCUUAUUCAUUAACAAAAAGUAUGUCUGAUUUCAAGGUUAAAGCCGGUUUGGCCCAAAUGCUCAAGGGUGGUGUCAUCAUGGACGUUGUUAAUUCUGAACAGGCAAAGAUUGCCGAAAAGGCUGGUGCUUGUGCUGUUAUGGCAUUAGAAAGAAUUCCAGCUGAUAUGAGAAACUCUGGUCAAGUAUGUAGAAUGUCUGAUCCAAAGAUGAUUAAGGAAAUCAUGGAAACUGUUUCUAUCCCAGUGAUGGCAAAGUGUAGAAUUGGUCACUUUGUUGAAGCACAAAUUCUUGAAGCUUUGGAAAUCGAUUACAUUGAUGAAUCUGAAGUGUUGACACCUGCUGACAAGUUGCUUCACAUUCAAAAGAAUGAUUUCAACGUUCCAUUUGUAUGUGGUGCUAGAAACCUUGGUGAAGCCUUGAGAAGAGUCAGUGAAGGUGCUGCUAUGUUACGUACCAAGGGUGAAGCUGGUACUGGUGAUAUUUCUGAAGCAGUCAGCCACAUUGCCUUGAUCAAAAAGGAAAUUGAACAUGCUUUGUCAUUGAAGACUGAUUUAGAAGUUGCAGCUUAUGCUAGUGAAUUGAGAGUUCCUGUCGACGUCUUGAAGCUGUUCAUUGCUGCCGGUGGUAAGUUCCCAGUCGUCAACUUUGCUGCUGGUGGUGUUGCCACUCCAGCAGAUGCUGCCUUGUGUAUGCAAUUGGGUUGUGAUGGUGUCUUUGUUGGAUCUGGAAUUUUCAAGUCCAAGAACCCACAAAAGUUAGCUACAGCAAUUGUCAAUGCUGUUACCCAUUACAAGGACCCAAAGAAGGUUUUGGAAUAUUCCACAGACUUGGGUGAGUUGAUGUUUGGUGUUGCCGUUGACGGAUUGACCGAUAAACAAAAGCUUUCCACUAGAGGUUGGUAAAUCACCAAAGUGUUCCAACAUGAAAAUAGUUCGAAAAAAAAAGUAAGAAGAUAUAUAAAGACAAUUUAAAUAUACUAGACAGCGUUAUUUUGUAACUACUACAUAUUGUACUCGUGUAUGCCAUUUAUAUAUGUAUUUGCAGUCA